AUGAUCGCAAGUACAGUUACUCUUGUUAUUGUGACAGUGUCGCUGAUUUCACACACAAGCGCUAACUUCAAAACCAAUUACAAUGAAAGCGAAGCAAGAAUGCUAGCCUACUUGUCUGGAGCGGCCUACUCGGAUGAUCCGCAGAAAUUCGUUGAGAAGGUAGAAAAAUAUUGCGAUAAGGCGUGGAAUACGUGCUCUGCAUAUGUGAUUCGAUCCGAUGUUGCGAAAGAGUUUAUCGUCGUAUAUCGAGGCACCACAACCUCAUCGCAGCUGUUCCUACAGGGCGCGCAUACACUUGCCACAAGGAAAAAUUUCUUAGCUGCUGGAAAGGUUCACCCAUACUUCAUUAACGGUGUCAAUGCGUUGUGGUUUGAUAUAUCAAAGCACUUGAACAACGAACAAUACAAGUCGUAUCCAGUGAUAUUCACGGGGCACUCGUUGGGAGGUGCAAUGGCGUCAUUGGCUGUGAUGAGAACGGUACUUAAGGGAUUAAGAUCGUCAGAUCAGGUCAAAUUGGUUUCAUUCGGUCAACCAAGAGUGGGCGGAAAAGAUUUUGUGGCGAAACACAAUGAGUUGGUGCCGUAUAGUUUUCGCGUUGUUCAUAAGCACGAUAUGGUUCCACAUAUCCCGCCAUGCAAAAGAGAUGAAAAUUACGUGGCUGGCAGCGACGGAAGUAAGCCUUGCGAUACCGAAUCGGAUGGUUUUUAUCAUCAUGGCAUCGAAAUAUGGUACCCGGAAAGCAUGGCCCCAGGAUCGCAAUACAAGGAAUGCUUGGGAGAACCCAAAAAUGAAGAUUUUCGUUGCAGCGAUCAGUUUGUAUAUCAAAGAUCUGGAGUGUACAUGAACACUAUCCAGGAUCAUUCUGAUUAUUUUGAUCAUCUCGUACCAGCCAAGAAAGCAAGCUCCGUAUUGGAGACAGGUGUUACUGCUAUGGUCACGGGCAUGUGGAAGGCAGCCGAUUGGUUUGGAGCAGUCAAAAAAUAG